GGUUGUGGCGGGCGCUGCUAACGGCUGUUGGCUGUGCGCGUGCCCGGCGAUGUCGAGGAGCUCUCGGGCGGUGCUGGUCGUCACCGCGCUCCUCUCCGCCACCACCAUCGCGGCCGUGCACGUCCAGCAGCGGCGGGAGCGUGAGAGGCUGCACAGUGGUGUCCUCAGAGAUCUGGAGCGACAAAAUCAGAAAAGGGAAAACAUUCGCCUACUGGAAGAGCAGAUUGCUUUGACAAAGCAGCUUACAGAAGAAAGAGAGAAGAUGCUCAUGGAAAAGGGAUCCCAGCAGUCCUAGGUGG